CUGCAGGGCAUUUUACUCUCCUUGCUGCCAUGUCAGAAAAAGCUGACCUUCCAGCCACUCCGGAGAUGAGCGAGACCGGCUCAACUCAGGAGAACACCGAUGCAGAACAUGCUGUGACAUUCGAGUCUCUGGGGGUUUGCCCUGAACUCUGCAAGGCUUGUGAUGUUCUACAAUGGGAGCAUCCUUCCAAGAUCCAGGAGGAGACUAUCCCUUAUGCUCUGCAGGGAAGGGAUCUUAUCGCGUUGGCGGAGACUGGCAGUGGAAAAACUGGCGCAUUCGCUAUUCCCAUCAUCCAGAAGCUUCUGGAUGCGGCCCCCCACCGGAAAUCGACAUGGGCUUGCGUUCUCGCUCCCACUCGAGAGCUCUGCGUACAGAUCGGGCAGCAAUUCGAAGGUCUUGGUGCCAGUAUCAACCUCACUACUGCUACUAUCGUUGGUGGGCUCGACAUGGUCACACAGGCCAUGGCCCUCUCUAAGAAGCCUCACAUCAUCGUGGCAUCACCGGGCCGUCUUGUCGACCAUCUCGAGAACACCAAGGGGUUCCACUUGAAGACCAUCAAGUUCUUGGUUAUGGAUGAGGCUGAUAGACUGCUAGGUAUGGACUUUGAGGAUGCUCUUAAUAAGAUCGUCCAGUCAUGCCCUCGGGAUCGGCAAACCUUCCUUUUUUCCGCAACCAUGACCAAUAAAGUAUCGCAACUGCAGAGAGCGUCUCUGACUAGGCCUGUCAAGUGCGAAGUUGCAAGGAAAUUCGAUGUUGCCAAAGGAUUAGUCCAGAACUACAUGUUCGUGCCGCAUAAGCACAAGCACGCUUAUCUGGCCGCUCUGUUGGCCCACUUCAAACUCAGUACUGUGAUGAUUUUCGUCGACACCUGCCUUAAUGCUCAGCGAAUGGCCACUACCCUGAGGCACCUCGGCCAUAACUGCGUAUGUCUGCACGGCAAGAUGACGCAAACACACCGACUUGGUGCUCUCAACCAGUUUCGGGCAGGUACGCGAUCAGUUUUAGUAGCAACAGAUGUAGCUGCGAGAGGCCUGGAUAUUCCCAGUGUGGAUGUUGUUAUCAAUUUUGACGUGCCCAAGAACCCUGAGGAAUACAUCCACAGAGUGGGCCGCACUGCGCGGGCUGGCCGGACUGGUCGAUCGGUGACUUUGGUUACCCAGUACGACAUCGAACCCUUCCAGAGAAUCGAAAACAAACAAGGGAAGAAAAUGGAGGAGUUUCCUGAGGUUAAGGAGGAGAACGCCAUGUCACUACAAGAAAAAGUAUUGGAAGCUCUUCGCUCGACACAGUUAGAGAUGCGCGAGCAGGAGGAGGACAUCAAAGAGGCGUUGGCAGGAAAGAAGGGCGGACGGGGUGGCAGAAAGCGUCAACACCAAAUGAUCUUGCAAAAGCUGGCCCAAGGGAACAAGAAGAGACGAUGAUCAUCGUUGUAUGGUUGAGCACAAUCACUGUCUAACAUCGUUGUUGCUAUGUAGCGUUCCUCACUCCACCCCACGUCACCGUUUCUUAUG